AUGGCCCUCGUCAAUUACUCGUCAUCGUCGGACGGCGAGGAUCAAGAUUGCGCCACCACGCACGACGAGCCAGCGAGCAAGCGGCAGAAAAGGACAGGCCCAUCCGAAGCUUCCGCCUGUGACGGGGCCGGCGCGCCGCAACAGCCGUCGAUGCCCCCGCUGCCGUCCGAAUUUCACGACUUGUACGCGGCGACGGUGCGCCAGAGCACCGUCGAUGACCCGGCGCUGCACCAGGGACGGAAGCGACAGGUGCCGCACAUUGUCGGCCAGUGGCCGAGUCAUGUCUACAUUGAAUGGCGUCCCAGCUAUGAACAGCAUGCGGUUCUCACGCGGCUUCUCGCCAAAGUAGAGGACACUCUGGACGGCGAGAUUGAGCUGCAUCAGUUCAUGACGAGCGAUCUCGGCGCACCGCUGCCUCUUCACGUGAGCCUCUCGCGGCCGCUGUCCCUAUCCACGACGGAAAAGGAUGAUUUUCUGCAGCGCGUCUCGGAAUCGCUCGGGUCCGGUGCCGUGCCGCCCUUUAUCAUGCAGCCACGCAGCCUGGCGUGGUUCACCUCACCCGAUUCGAACCGUAGCUUUCUCGUGCUUGGCGUGGCCGCGACAGGAGGCGAUGGCGACGACGAGGGCGAUAAUGCGCCGUUAAUGAAGCUGCUGCGCAAGAGCAACGCGGCCGCGGCGCGAUUCGGCCAGUCGCUACUGUAUCAGCAUGCGCGCGACGACGACGACGACGACGACGACGACGACGAGGCGCGGACGGCGUUUCACGUAUCCAUUGCAUGGACGUUUGCGCGGCCGGGGCAGGACAUUUCCCAGGCCACGCUGGAUCUAUUCCAGCGGCUGCCGCUUGACGAGGUCAUGGCGUGGCGAAUUGCGGUGGACAACGUCAAAGUCAAGAUUGGCAAUGUCGUGACGAGCGUGGCGCUGUCCCGGGGAGGCGCGCCGGGCCGCGACAGGACCCGGUUUCUGUUUGACGAGACCUGA